CUUUUUCUAACUCCAAGCAAAGCAGAUUCCUUGCUUGCUUUGCUAUCUUAUCCGAGUCUUAGCCUCCUCUUGCUAAUUUAAAUUAAACGUUGAGACUUCUCUCUUAUCAUCAUCACUUCUCUGCACCUUCAAUUUCAUUGCGCUCUUUGAAAUCUCUCAACCAUCACUCGCAAACAACUUGUUCCUGGACAAAUGGGCUCGGACAUACCAGGAGCUGAGUAUCAGGUGUUCCUGAGUUUUAGGGGCCCAGAUACUCGACAAGGUUUCACGGACGUCCUUUAUCACACCAUGGUAGAUGCGGGAGUCCGUGUCUUCAGAGAUGAUGAAGAGAUUCGUCCUGGUGAAAAGAUCGAGGAGAUCCUGAGAGCUAUCAACAACUCCAUCGUCUGCAUACCCAUCUUCUCUAAGCGUUAUGCUGAAAGCAAAUGGUGCCUCCGCGAGCUAGCAGAAAUGGUGGAGAAGAAGAAGAAGAUUAUGCCUGUUUUUUACGAUGUGACUCCUGAUGAUGUAAAACUCAAAACACCUCUCUAUCGCGAGGAUUUGGACAAACACGGUGAGAAGGUGAAGUGGGAGAAGGCACUGAAGGAGGUGGUCGAGAUCAGCGGGUGGGAAUUAUCAAAUGGCACCGGACACGAGAAAGAAAACGUCGAAGAGAAGAGGGAGAAGGCACUCAAGGAUGUGGUUGAGAUCAGCGGCCGGGAAUCAUCAAACAGUAAAGAGGAGAAAGCUCUUACGGAGGUUACCAAGAUAAAAGGAUGGGAAGUAAGACGUACAGGUCAUGGUGAACUAUGCAAAUUAAUUGUCAAAGAGGUCCUGGCUAACUUGAAGGUUAAAGACAGGAUUGUGACAGACCAUUUAGUUGGAAUGGACAAAGAAGUUGAAAUCAUGUUGAACCACUUAGAUGUUCAAGCUCAUGGGGUACGAUACGUGGGAAUUUAUGGAAUAGGCGGUAGUGGCAAGACGACUCUUGCCAAGACUCUGUUCAAUCAACUCUCUGUGCACUUCGAUGGUUGUAGUUUUCUGGCACAAAUUCGGGAGUCUUCAAAACAUGGCCUUGAACAUCUGCAAAGAAGGCUAAAACGUGAUCUUCUACCGAAGGAUUCUAGAGCUAUUUCAGAUACUGAUGUUGGGAUCAAGGUCCUCAAAGAAUCAUGUCGGGAUAAGAAAGUUCUCAUAGUUCUCGAUGAUGUGGAUAAAAAGGAGCAAAUUGAGAGUCUAGCUGGAAGUUCAACUUGGUAUUCUUCAGGGAGUAGGAUAAUUAUCACAACAAGGGAUAUAAGUGUGCUAGCAGUUGAGCAAGAGCAAUCGAAAGAUGGUAGUGGGAAGAAGUCUAUAGAACUUUUGGAAAUGAAAGAAAUGAAUUUCGAACAAGCUUUGCAACUAUUUUCGAGGCAUGCUUUUAAAAUGGAUUAUCCUCCUAUUGAGUUCCUCGAUCUUGCAAAAGGAGCUAUCUCUGUUAUUGGACGACUUCCUUUAGCUCUUGAGGUCAUAGGUUCACAUCUUUGCGGCAAACAUAAAGAAGCGUGGGAAGACAACCGAAGUAUGUUGGUGAGGAUUCCCCGUGAUAACAUACAUGAAACUUUAUUGAUAAGCUAUGAAGCCCUAAAGUUUCGGACAAAGGAAAUAUUUCUUGACAUCGCUUGCCUACCGACUAACAUAAAUUUGAAAAAUGCAAUUUAUAUGUGGGAGUCUUGUGGGUUUCGUCCGGAGAUAGGAAUGAAUGAGUUAAUAUCAAAAUCUAUCAUAAAGGUGAUGGACGGUAAUGAAUUAUGGAUGCAUGACCAUCUCAGAGAUCUUGGAAGAGAAAUUAUUUGUAUGGAGAAUAUAACAGAUUUUGGGAAGCAUAGUCGAUUGUGGGAUCGUAAGGAAGCCUGGAACAUACUAGAAGGAAAAGAGGGAACUGCAAAAAUCGAAGUACUGCCUCCGUUUUUCGGUGAUGCUCUAAUGCAAAAUUGCAAUCUUAUGGAUGACCAUUUCAAAAAUCUACGGAACCUAAGGUUCCUUCAGUUGGACAAGAUUAAUAUUAUUGGGGAUUUCGAGUAUCAGUUUACAAAGUUAAGAUGGCUAUCUUGGCAUUCUUGUCCUUUGAAUUUUCAGGCUACCAAUCUAAAUUUGAAGAGGCUAGCCAUUUUAGAUCUCUCAGGCAGCGACAUCAAUGAGCAAGGAUGGAGUAAAAUGGAGGUUGGAGACAGUUUAGCUGUUCUAGAUCUUUCUCGGUGCAAAAGGAUAUCAAGGAUCCCCAAUUUAUCAAAAUAUACGAACCUAGAGAGGUUGAUUCUACAGGGUUGUGAGAAAUUGGAGGAAAUGGACGGCUCAAUUGGCAAUCUAAAGAGCUUGAAGCACUUAAAUUUAAAGAAUUGUAAGUCUCUUCGAGGUCUGCCCGAAGAAAUCGGUUAUCUUGAAGCCUUACAGGAGCUUUUCCUAAGAGGCAGUGCCUAUCCUUUCGCUCCUUUGCCUGAAUCAAUCGGUAACCUGGGAUCUUUGGUGAUCCUCGAGGUUUGGGGUGUCAGCGUUGCGAGACUACCAGACACAAUCGGGAGACUGCGGAAACUCAAACGCCUCUCAUUGGAGAAUACCAAGAUAGAGAGACUACCUGAUUCCAUUGGACGCCUUAAGAAGCUUGAGUACCUCUCUUUGGGGGGUUGCUCCGAGAUUCAAAAACUACCGGACUCGUUUGGGGAUCUACAAUCUUUAUCUACUUUGAAUAUAUCAUCCACAGGUCUCUUGGAGUUACCUAAUUCAAUCGGGAAUCUAGAGGAAUUGAAAGAGCUGAAUGCAAGUUGGAGCCGUUUGCAAGGAGAAAUCCCAACUGAAAUUGGGAAGUUGUCCCGCUUGAGAGGCUUGAACUUGAAUAUGAGCAAAAUACGCCUUUUGCCCUCGACGAUCAGUCAGCUUUCUUCACUCAAAAGUCUUUUGUUAUGGGAGUGCAACAAUCUCGAGGAACUACCCAGGCUUCCCGCCAGUUUGACCAGAAUAUCAUGUCAGUCGGAGAUGCUAAAGAGAAUCCCAGAUGAUCUCUCAAAUAUGAAGAACCUAACUGAUGUGGUGUUAAGUAAUCCAGGAGAGAGAAGGCCAUUGGGUUUCAACCUAGACAUUCUUCCUGGGCACAACGUCAAAGAGUUGACAGAUUGCAGCACAUUUAGACCAUGUUCUCCAUCCCAUUGGUAUCCAGUUGGUGCAAAAAAAUGCAUCAUAGUACGUAUUCCAGAUAUUAGGACCCUACCAACGGGAUUAUUGGACAGUGUUUCUCAGCUCAGUACGCUUAUAUUGGGUUGCCCUAAUCUGCUUUGGAUUCCACAACUCCCAUCCAGUUUAUCAACUCUGGUUCUUGAGCAUUUGCGAGAAGAUGCAAAACUACCUUGUCUUUCCAACUUGAAAAACUUGUCCUAUUUAAUAUUCUUCAAGUGUUCCAUUGGGAAAGAUGGAUUCGAAAGUCUUGGGGUCGGAGAAUUAGAGAAGUUGGAAACCUUGGUGCUACAAUUUGACUUCAGCAUGCUUGAUGGCCUUCGGGUGCCAGGAAGUUUACAGAUGCUUGAUUUGACAGAUUGCACUUGUGUUCAGAAAUUGCCGGAUCUCUCACACCUAGAGAGCCUAAAAGUCUUGAAAAUAGCUGCCUGCGAAGCAUUGUUGGAGCUUCCAGAUCUUGGAGGGCUAGUAUCACUGCAAGGGCUGUUCAUUUUUGCGUGCAAGUCAUUGAAAAGUAUAGGGCAUCGCCUGCCACUAAGUUUGAGAACCCUGUGCUUAAAUUCUUGCAUAUCUCUAGAAAAAUUACCAGAUCUAUCGCGCUUAAUGUUUCUACAAGUGUUGGAAUUAGAAGAGUGCAAAGAACUGGUGGUCGUUCAAGGUCUGGGAUUUCUAGUAUUCCUGGAAGUGUUAUCCAUUGUCUCGUGCAAGUCCUUGAAAUGGCUGUGGCCUCAGUCGCCAGCAGGUUGGGGGAAUGUAAAGUGGCCUCUCUUAAAUAAUCUACAGGAGUUGAGGAUACAUAAUUGUGACCGAGUAGUGGAGAUCUCAGGUCUCGGAGAGCUAGACUCAUUGCGUAAACUGGACAUUAGUUCUUGCGGUUCAUUGAAAGAGUUAGGGCCUAACUUGCCAGCUUUGGAGGUGCUUGAAAUAAAUUCUUGUCCGAAUCUCAAGCAAUUACCCCAUAUUCCGAGCAUGAUGAACCUUCGAAGGGUGACCAUACGAGGUUGUGAUCAGCUGGGAGUAUCCGGGUCUUGGACAGCUGAAAGUGGAUAAUGUAAAAGUCGAUCUGCCUUGUUUCCGAUUCAUUCAUGUGACCGCAAUCUGGACUGUACGUGAUGAAGAGGACCUACAAGAAAUAAUUGUCAUUCGCUUCCUCAUUCGAUGCUUUCUGCUCGGGACUAUUUCUCUGUUGCCUUCUUCCGAGGUCUUUUCAUCGAACAGUUGGUGAGCAUCAUUACCCAGAGGAGGAAAAUAGUAGUAUGCAGAUAUAUAUAUACAUAUGGACGUCUUGAUAUAUGUACAUACGGCCAGAUUGUCUUGCAAGAUUGUUGGCCGAAGGUGCUCAGCAGAUCGCGGUUGCCGAUGUUGGAGGAAAAGCAGUUCUCACCUUGCGUUGCUCUCGGUGUCAAACCCACCGCCGCAGGUCUCUCUUCCAUCCUCCAUUCUGUUUGAUCUCUCCUUGCCCCUUUGUCUUUUAGAGAGCAUGCCGACUCUGCUCUGUCAAUGAGCAGGAUGAGCAUAGUUUGCCCUCUUGAUUGACAAUGAACAAAGCAUUAAUUUCCAAUACUGAACAAGACAAUAAGAAGAGCGAACAAGAAAGUAAAACAACAGAAAGAGAACAUUAAUUUAUAAGCGAAGGUUAUUCAAAGUUCUUCAUGAUGCUAAAGGUUGCAUCCCGUUAAGUGAUGAAGAAUAAAAUGAAAUACAAUUAGAUAUUGACGACUUGACGUUAUUAAUUGUUCAAUUGUGGAGUCUAUGUUUAAGGCUGUUCACAACAUAACAAAAAUCUUAAUCAGGAAAAAUGAGAAUGGUGCAAAAUAUUAUCUCAAGGGCAGAGCUCUUCUAAAGAAGGAUAUUGAUAUUUGCUUUCAGAAUUUGGUUAAUAUACGAUCGAGGCGUUAAUAGUAUUCAUGUACUAGACGAAGGCGUCAAAAUUAAAAACAGACUUCUAUGGCCUCCGUCAAGGAUGCGUUAAAAGCUUCUUUGGCCUCCGAGUGAUGCGCUUAUAGUUCCGAUUUCUGGUAAGGACAGAAGAUGUCAAAAUUGGAGAUGAUGUACAGUAUCGAAUCUGACUUACUACUGUUGCUGGAAAGAAGGGGUUUGAUCACUUUAACUAGUGAUUUCGGUAGAGCAGUUCUAGCGAAUGACAAAGGUUAUUUGGUUCAUGCCCAAGUGGAGAUUGGUAGCCGUUCGUGAUUUGAAGCACCAUGGAUCCCUACUCGUGAAAUUCAUCUGCAUUGGAGUACGAGAGACCUUUACUCACAGUUGCAGCCUUACCGUUGUAGCUUCGGCUGGAACGGACGAAAUCAAAAUUGGAGAUGACAUACCCUAUCGGAUCCGACUCAGUUCGGUUAAUGGAAGAAAGGGGUUUGAUCACUUCAACCAGUUUCAGCAGAACGGUACGAGUAAAGGAGAGGAAACGUCAUUUGGUUCACGCACCUUGGCUCUCUACUUGGGAAGGAGCUAAUUAGCUUUUGUCAUGGAUAAGAUCUUGUUUCUCAUCCGUCAAACUGAGCUGAAAAUGAUUGAUAGUUGAUGGAGGCUUGAAGGAUGGAUCCUUUUUCCUUUUCUUAUCUUCAAACUUAUUGUUACCAGUAAGCGAUGAAGAAUUGUAAUGUAUGUUCAUAAGGAUAUCAUCCAUUUCUCCUCAUCCUCUUCAUUGUCUUCCUUAAUACUGAAAUUACCCAAAGUACCCUAAGAUCGAGGAGAAAAUGCAGUUUCUUAGCUGGUCUUAGCUGGUUGAUGAACAACAGAAAUUCACAGUUUGGUUUGCCAUUCAAUUGCAGGUGAUUAUCUAUCCUGGAAUAAUGGAAAGAAAGAUGAAGAAGAGCUGGAACUUUCUCUUUCCGAAGAGUUAGAAUUUUGAUAGAAGUAUGUCUAGUGAAGAACAUUUAUCUCUGAUACGUGAUGUCAAGCUCAACACGAACAAUUGUCUCAAGUGGCUUAAGGAUUAAUGGAAGUUCAGCCAUCAAUUCUCCAGGCA